CGUGCUACAUCUGACGUGACACGGGAACUCGGUUUUUGCGGUCUCAUCCAAAGGACCGUCCCAUUUAGUCGCCUCUUACAACAAGCAUGGGGUACUGAGGACCUAUUCUAACCCUAUAGAUACCUAUAAUAAUUCCCCCACGGGAAUAGGAGAACUGAAGUUAAAUAAUGAAAUGGAGACAAUAUAUACCGAUACUACCAUAACAUAUGGCGUCAACAAUUACGAGAAGGGAAACCAGACUUGGAGGUUAUAAAGCUUCUACCGUAUACUCAUGAAUAGGACUACUCAAACUCAGCAAUGUUUGUUUUGAGUACAACUCUGAGCAAGCUCCAAAAGCAUACUCGAAAUUACCAUACAUAUUUUCGGAAUUUGGUGCCACUUAUUUGAAAAGCAUAGAAAUACACAUUAAACAACAACCAAAAACAUUUGGAACUUCGACCAUAUAGGUUGAGUGCACGGCAUAACAACAAACCAAUUCGCUACCGGUAAAACGGCUACAUGUAAUUGUUUACUAAAUGCGCAUUUCUUAAGUACUACAAUGGGACAUAACCUGACUCAAGGAAGUAAUAUAUCAAUACUCAGUGAAAAUAUGACUGCUAGGUCCGUCCAUUCAAAUUAACAUAGGAAGGAUGUGACCAGAAACAGUAUGUACGAUAUACUUGGGCGAGCCGGCGAUUGAUUUGGAUAUACAGAUUUCAGAAACUUAAAAAGAGUCUGAAAUCAGGACACUCUCGGUCAAACCAAUGGCAGCUGGGGAUACAGGUGUUUUCGAUGUUAAUAAAGUAGAGAACCUGGUGUUCGGAGGAGGCGGAGCAAAGGGUGUGGCUUAUGGGGGAGUCAUUGGGGUCCUGGAGGAAGUUGAAAUAUUGGCUAAUGUGAAGAGAUUUGCUGGAACUAGUGUCGGGGCCAUCGUUGCAGCGCUCCUAGCGAUGAAGUGUCCAGUCUCGCAUGUUGGAAAAUAUCUGAAGAUUAAUUUUGACUAUUUAUUGCGAGAUUGUUGCUGUGGAUUGUAUAGCUGUAACGAAGAUUGUUGUUGCACCAGUGCCUCUUGUUGCUCAUGUUGCCGAGGUUGCAUGGGUCACAUUAGCUCAUGCUUUCUGACAUGUUGUGGUCUCUGCAACCUCUUAUGUGGCUUUUGUUCCGGCUAUGACUCUUCCAUUGGAAUGCACACUGGGAUAACGUUCGAAACGUGGCUCGGAGAGACAUUUGAAGGGCUAGGCUUUCCACGAACAGUUACAUUUAAGGAGUUGUAUGAAACAAACAGUAAGGAGCUGUGUAUAGUUGUGACCAACAUCAGUACACAGAUGGAGGAAUAUUGUCACGUCAAGACUACACCGGACCUGGAGAUCAGACAGGCUGUCCGAAUGUCCAUGUCCAUGCUAGUGGUUUUUGAAGACGUUCGGUUUAUCAAUAGUACCGGUAGGAAGGGCGUGUAUGUGGAUGGAGGGGUAUUGUGUAAUUACCCAAUAUUCUGUUUUGAUGGGUGGUGGCUUUCAAUGAACCCAGAACAUUCCUUCUUGAGGAAGCUGACGGACGUUGAAAAAAUGCAUCAGAUAUACAACAGUAGAUUUCAAUUAGAAGAUCGUGAUGUGUUCAAGACACUGGGAUUUGUUUUAUUUGGUGACAAAGAAAGUAAACUCUUUCGAAGACAGUUCAGAGGAAAAGUUGGUGUUAAUAAGUUCAUGCCCACCAUAACAGAGCAGCCGAGUGCUACUGUCGUUCCAGAGGAAGAGGAAGUAGAUGAACUAUUCCGAACUAUGGAGACCAAGCUUAAAAAAAAGUUUUUAUCCUUGCACAAAGCUGACAUUAACACGAAAGACAAAGAUUUAGCCAUAUUUCUACAGUUUGUACAAACCAAGGACGAGGAAGGGAAAUUGGAAGUAUCAGACUUCAUUGAUGAACUCGAGCAGUUUAAAGAAACUAAAAGAGACGUUUACGUGGCGUUAUUUGGAGACAGAAGCCCAUCGCUAGUAUGGAUGUACUUAACUCAGAGGACUAGUGGCAAGUUGGAAUAUUCGGAUAUUAGUCGAUUCAUCACUACGGCAACCGGAUACAGCAUAGAUCAGUGGUACAGUGGCUUUUCUUACAAUCCAUGUGGUUCAGGGACAGAAUUCCUCGGCUCCUUAACCAGUACAAUGGUCACCAAUUCCAGCAGAAUCCAUGUAACGGAAAAGGACAUCCCGAGGACGGUCGGAAUAAAUACAAAAUACAUCACGGCUCUCGACUUCGACAUGGAGGAAGAUGACAAAACUUUAUUGAUACAAUGUGGAAGAAAUGCUGUCAUCGAAUUCUUGAAAACAUAUGAUUAUCUUUUUCCGGCGGAAACAGGAUAGAGCCAUAUUGCUUGCACAUAAAUGUUGACAUUGUUUUACAAUAUAUAGUAUAUAUAUAUAUUGUAUAUUUACUUACUUGUAUCAUUCAUUGGUAAUAUUCACUUAAUUUAUGUUGAUUAAGUCUUUAUACUCAUCACAUUUUAAUUGGAACAUAAACUGAACUAAAUCAU